GGUACCAACGAGCGAUCCGGAUUUUAUUGUAUUAGUCAUCGUUUAGUUUUGUUUUGCAAUACUUUGAUAUCAAAUAAAUCCAACCUUAUAUUAGCCUAUCGUUAUCCAUUAAAAUACUAUGAAUUUCUUCAGGAAAGAGCCCACUGUUAAAGAACAGCAGAGACAGAAUGAUCGGGAACUGCGCAAAGCCACCAGAGAGCUCGAUAGGGAUAAGGCCACGCUAGAGAGAGAAGAAAAGAAACUGGAAAUGGAGAUAAAAAAAAUGGCAAAAGAAGGGAACAAUGAAGGCUGUAAAAUACUAGCAAAGCAGCUGGUUCAGCUGCGGAAACAGAAGACAAGAAUAUAUACGGCCAACAGCAAGAUUUCUAAUGUCCAAAUGACUAACAAGACCAUGGGUGCCAACAUAGCCUUAGCUGGGGCCAUGGGUACCACAGCCAAGACCAUGGGAAGCAUAAAUAAGGUCAUGAACCCGCACCAGAUUGCCAAGGACAUGGAAGCAUUCAAACAAGCAAAUGCCAGGCUGGAUAUGACAGAUGAAAUGAUUAAUGACACACUUGACGACAUCAUGGACGAGUCCGGAGACGAAGAGGAGACCGAGGGUGUUGUCAAUAAGGUUCUUGACGAAAUAGGCAUCGAGAUCAGUGGAAAGAUGUCAAACGCCCCAUCGGUGAGCGGCGGCAAGCUAGGCGAGACCACGGCGGACAAAGACAUUAUGGCGCAGCUCGCCAAACUCAAGUCAUAGGGCGGACGUUAUUGGCCCUAUUCAAGGAGAUUACUUCACGAUUCCAUCGCCUUCUUGUUUCUCAGAUUAUCGUUCUCAACGGGAACCCUACCGCAAACAUCGGGAAUCGAAGUUUCGUCUAUUUACCUCUCUGUCUUUGCAUGUUUGGGCGACAAAUUUGCAUAGAUGUUCGCGGCUAUAUUUAGUCUUGGUAUGCGGCCUAAUUUUAGCCGAUCAACUCAAUAAAAUUAAACUAUUGAAAUAACGUUUGGCUUCGCUUAUGAAACCCGGGAAACAAGAACUAAUUUAUUGGGAACUAAUCUUUAAGAGCUUAAGAGGCCGGUGUCGAUUUUAGUCGCAAAAAUGUAAAAUUGAUAGAUUUAGUCCGUGAAAUUUUACACCUUUUGUUACCUAAUUGAAAUAACAAGUACUGGUUUCUAUUAGCACGUCUUCUUAUCUUACCUUUUAUCAGAUCAGUUUGAAAACAGACUCACAAAAUUAGUAAUGUUUGCUUUUCUGAUGGACGUUUAGGUAAACGCGCGUAAAGCACUGAUUUUGUCGCUCUUAUUUGUAAAUUUCGUAAAGUUUGGGCUGCUAAACAUGGUAAUUUUGUAUUACACAUAUCCUGUACUUGACGUUUAUCAGACUACAUUAUCAUUAUUAUGACUUUGAAGUAGUGUAAAUGAAAGUUAGACGAAAUCAAUUUUCUCCAGAAAUUACUUCAAAACAAGUGACAAUUUCUCUGAAAAUCGACUUAAUUUCAACGUAAUUUUGAUACUUAAACAAUCUACAACAUUUGCUGAAACUAUACUUAUACAUCAAUUUGUAUAAUUUACCACCAUGAUGUUUUGAUGAAUUUUUAAAAACUGCCCCUUCUCUUCAUGCAUUACCGGUGACGCACGCUCGCGACCUCAUUAUUAAAAGGCAAGAUGAGAAGACGUGCUAAUACAAAACAAUACUUGUUAUUUAGAUAUUACGUAACAAAACGUGUAUAAUUUCAACGACUAAAUCUAUCAAUUUUACAUUUUUGCUCCAAAAUCGACUACGGCCUCUUAAGCCGAACAAUAGAUGAAUCAAACAGAUUCAAUUUUACGGCCAAAAUGUAUGUCAUUAAUUUUGAUUGGUUCUGUUUCUUAUGCUAAAUGCUACUUCAAUAUCUAUCGUCGACAGUGUAAGGGAUCCAGAUCUUACUUCUUUACGUUGACUACAAACACUAUCAAACCUCUUAAUCAGGUAUGGUUUCUUCCAAAUAACUUAAAAAAUAAAACAGCAGCUUUAUGGAACAAGUAGUAAUAAGUUUAUAUUUAAACGAAUUAUUUUUUAUUCGGAUGUUUGUUACCGUUAUAUCAUGUUACAAAUGCAUUUUCGUUAUUAAAUUAUCAUUUAAUUGCUUAAAAUAAUAAAUAAAAAGUACAAAAAUUUGCCCGCGAAAAGAUAGUGAGCGAAACGCCCGAAACGUCACGUGACGUCACGCGUUCGACAGAUUAGUUCACAUUAGUUUCAUUGGUCAAACGUCAGUUGGACCGGCCAACGUGUGACGUCAUCACGCUCUGUCGAAAUCGCGCCAAAAAUUAUGAGCAUUUCAAUCGCUCAAAAUUUUUCAACAUUUUAAUAUUUUUUCAUAAAAUAAUGUGAAUGUUUACAAAAGAAUUUUUAUUUUUUCCAAAUCAUAAAAAAAAUAAAAAAUCAUGCAUGGAGCUAAUUACGAAUGUUACCUACUCGUAAAUUCUAGAUGUCUUUAUUAAUUGUUUUUAUGAAAAAUUUAAGCGACAAAAAAUGGCAAAGUUCCAUAACGAAGAAUAACGAAAUGGCAAUAUGACAAUCUAUUAAAAUAAUUAUUGAUUAAAUCUUCAACAUUAAAAAAUCGUUAGAAUGAACGCGCAUGCCCUUUGUUCUUUUUUAAACUUAAAGUUUGUGAUUUUGGGAUAAUAAUAUAAUAGCGUUAAAAAUAUUUCUAAUCCCUCAAGGCAUCGAGUAUUGGGAUGAUUACUGUUUUAUUUUUAAUUUGUUCUUGUUAUCGUUACAUUAAGUUGGGUGACUGCUAUAGUUAUUGCCCACUCCUAACAAUAGGGAAUAUUACUGCAAUGUUCUGCCGUCAGAGUGCAGCACUAAACCAUGGAGUAACUUAUACAUACUAUGUAAGUUUUCACUAUGACAUUGAUGCAUCAAAUUCGUUAUCUGCCUCUAUAUCGAUCGAAUAUGCAAGAGUGAUAGAGAGGCAGAAAUCGAACUUUCGUGUUUCGCGGUAGGCCCUGUGAUUGUGCUGCGAUAGGCCCAGUGAAGCCCUCUACGCAGUUUUGCGCAAUAUUCCCUAUUAAAUUAAAUUAAAUUAAAUAAUCAUUUAUUUUCAGGCGUGGCCCAUAGAAGUGUUAGUAACAAAAAACUUAAAUACUAAUGUUAAACAGUACAAUUAAUUAAAACCUACCAUGCAAAUCAAUAUACUUAGAGCUAGGACUAGGACAAUACAAUACCGGGUGAGCCGUACACAUUUACAUUACAUAAAACAUUUACUAUUAUUGUUAAGAGUGGCCAAUUACUAUGUAGUGGCCAAUAACUGUAGUAGUGAAGUGAUGAUCCUUCUGACCGAUUUUGGCCACAACGUCUUUGUGUUCUGAUCAUAGGCAUUUUGGUUCUAACUGCUACACACUUCUCAAUCUUAUGUUUUUAACGAAUUAUUGAACAAAAAUUGUACUUUUGACUUGUUUACAAUUACCAGUUUCCUAUACUUAUUUCUACAAUAGUGUUAAAUUACUGUUAAUCUUAAUCCCUAGAACUAAUAUAUCCGAAUAGGUAUUUAUUUGGUCGUAACAGUUAAAAAGUCAGUUAUAUCUUUAUUACCUACUGUAAGAUAAAACAUGUAUAUACCUAACUAUUAUUAGUCUCACCUUUGUUAGUGAAAUUAGCUUAUUAUUUACGCAGUUUUCCAUACAUUGGUUAAUAAAAUAUUGUAAAUACCUAAUGUACCUACAAAUGUAAAAAUAAUCUGUGAUAUUUUUGUAUUACAUGGUACUUACACGAAAA